AACAAUGAACCAGAAAGCCACCGUCAUGAAAUGGGGUCGCACCACAAAUUUAAGCCAACGGCAUCUCAUCUUCUGAUUUCCACACCACUCUCUAGAGAUUUCCCGUCUGUCCUCCUCUCUCCCUCUCUCAAAAGUCAUCAAAAUUGUGAUUUCUUUGUUGAGAUUCUCCAUUAAACAUGCUUGAUCGCCUUUGCUUUAAGAAGAUCCCCAUCUACCUUUGCAUGCACAUAUAUAUGUAAUAGUUAGUUGUCUCGUAUUAAUUUCUUUUUAUUAGCUUUUGAUUUACACAAACUUCUAACAAACAACUCUACUUAUCGUCACAUCUAGCACUGCUUACAACAAACGUUUGUUUGACAGUAUCAUUUAUUCUUAAGAUAUCAUCAUUUUUUCCAACUGACAUCUCUUGUGCUCGAAGGAAAGAACUGCUUAUUGGAUCAAUAAAAGAAUAAUCCUGAAGCCUUCGCUAGCAAGACUACCACUACCCCUACUUUAGUUCUUUCGAGUUAUUGAACUCUUUCCUUUCACAAAUCAAAUUAAAGCAACCGAUUACCAUGAAGGGUCAAACUCAAAACCAGAAUCUGGUCACUACAUUUACAAAGCUGUUCAAUGCCCAGUUGCAACUCAUCAAUGUCCUUUCUCUCUUCUUUUUAUUUGGCUGUGGUCUUGCCACCGGAGUCAUUCUUAGUUCCUAUCUCAACAGCAUAUCAUUCAAUCUACAAGUCAGUCAUUUCUCUUUUUCUACCACAACAGCAUCGCCAACAUUCAAGUUGCCUCCUCGCGUAGGCUUGAAAGAAUAUCUGAAGGUGCCUGAUGUUAAGCAUGAUAUGGAUGAAAAGGAAUUGCUGUGGAGAGCUUCCGUGACUCCAAACAUACGUGAGUUUCCAUUUGAUAGAGUUCCGAAGGUUGCUUUUAUGUUUUUGACGAAGGGUCUAGUUUUGAUGGCUCCACUGUGGGAGAAAUUCUUCAAGGGACAUAAGGGGUUGUACUCAAUUUAUGUGCAUUCAAGUCCAUCUUACAAUGAAUCAGAGCCCGAAAGUCCUGUGUUUCAUGGCAGAAGAAUUCCCAGCAAGGAAGUUCAAUGGGGAAAUGCAAACAUGAUUGAAGCUGAAAGACGACUAUUAGCCAAUGCACUCCUUGACAUUGCUAACCAACGUUUUGUUCUCCUCUCGGAAUCAUGCAUUCCAAUCUUUAACUUCUCCACUGUCUACUCCUACCUAAUGAACUCAACCAAAAGUCAUGUGGAGUCCUAUGUCUUAGAAGGUCCAGUAGGUAAUGGCCGAUAUAGUCCACGGAUGAGACCUGGGAUCAAAAUUGACCAAUGGAGGAAAGGCUCACAGUGGUUCGAAAUAGAUCGAGACCUUGCCAUUGAAAUUGUCUCAGACCGAAAAUAUUUCCCCCUCUUCCAAAAGUACUGCACGGGACAAUGUUACGCUGAUGAGCAUUACUUACCAACAUUUGUGACUAUGAAGCAUUCGAAGAGGAAUUCAAAUAGGACUUUAACUUGGGUUGAUUGGUCCAGAGGUGGGCCUCAUCCUGCUAAGUUUUCAAGGACAGAGGUGACCAUUGAGUUUUUGCAGAGGAUGAGAAGUGGCAGCAAAUGUGUGUAUAAUGGGAAUCACACCAACACUUGUUUCUUGUUUGCAAGGAAAUUCUGGCCUAAUGCUCUAGAUAGGCUAUUGAGGUUUGCUCCCAAAAUCAUGCAUUUCAACUCAUAGGUUUAUAGAAUAGUUUCAUUCUUUAUUCAUUUGUAUAAAUGUUGCAUAUUCCCUCUCGAAGAGAUUGAGGUUUACAGCUCUAUGAUUCUUUAUUCCUUCAUGUUACAAGAUAUAAAACGUGGAAGUUUUUAGGUUUUUCCCUUGCAUGUAUUUACAUGUGCUCCGCUUCAAUAAUAUUAAUCCUAAUUAAUAGAAGCACUGAUUUUAUUU